AUGUCUCAUUCUCCUACUCCAAAGCGUCAGUGCUACACACUUGACCAAGACCUUCAGGAUGAAACUGAGGCAUGGGAUAUAGAGGUUCCAGCAGCUGAAGAGGAGAUGGAGUCUCCAUUUUCAUCUUCCUCCUUAGAUUUUACCAACCUCUGUAGCUCUUCCUCUCCUCUUUUUCUGGAAACCAUGGAGGAUGUAUAUGCUGUUGAGACCAUGCAUACUCCCCAGAGUUGUCAGGUAACUUCUUCUAUUUCAUUGAGCACAUUAGAUAACGGUUCCAGCACCCAUAAAGGGGAGAGUCCAAGCACCUGGCAGGGCAAGCCAAAUAUCGAGUCCCUGCUCACAGAUCCAACAGAUGAUAUCGUAGUUAAUAUGGUACAGUUUCUGCUCCUCAAGUAUCAAACAAAACAGCCCAUCACAAAGGCAGAAAUGCUGACCACUGUCCUCAAACAGUAUGAGGAUGGCUUCCCUAUGAUAUUCAAGAAAGCCUGUGAUUACAUAGAGCUUGUGUUUGGCAUCAAUAUUAAGAGAGAAGAUCCCACUGGAAACUCUUAUGUCUUCUAUAAUACUCUAGACCUCACCUAUGAUGGGAUCUUGAAUAAUUACAAGGGCAUGCCCAAGACUGGACUCCUGAUGCUUACCCUGAGUCUGAUCUUCAUGGAGGGCAACUCUGUCACUGAGGAGAAGCUAUGGAAAGUGCUGAAUGCAACAGGGGUGUAUGCUGGGAGGGAGCAUGUUAUCUAUGGGGAGCCCAGGCAGUUUAUCACCAGAGAUUUGGUGCAAGAAAAGUACCUUGAGUACCGGCAGGUGCCCAACAGUGAUCCUCCCUGCUAUGAAUUCCUGUGGGGUCCAAGAGCCCUUGCAGAAACCAGCAAGAUGAAAGUCCUAGAGUUUUUGACCAAGGUCAAUGGUAGCAUCCCACAUGACUUCCCAGUCUGGUAUUGGGAGGCACUGAGAGAUGAGGAAGAGCGAGCCAAGGCAAGAAUUUCCCCCAUGGAUACUACUACUGCCAUAGCCAGUUCAAGUGCCAAUGCCCCGUCCAUCAGCUUUUCCUACCCCUAG